CCAAAUAGCAACUUUCUUCUUGCAACUUACCGAUGCCAAGCAAAUACUACGAGACUUGAACUUAAGAUUCGAUCGAUUGAAGGACAGUAUGGGACGCUUCAAGCAUAUGUAACUCCAAGAAUUCAACCAAAAACCUGCCAAGUUCAUCAAUAUCAAAUUAAACCACUUUCACUUCAUCAGAGAACUCAUUCUAUUGAGCAUGACAGACCCAUGAAUACACUGACGCUCCAAGGCCAGUUCAGUUUUGCUGAAAUUCACUCCUGGGUUGUGUUUUGCUUGCCUGAAGUGCCUGAAAAGACGCCCGCUGGAGAGAGUAUCACCUUUUAUUUUCAGAACACCUUCCUGGGUACACAGCUUGAAGGUACUUACAGAAAAGGUGAGGGAUGUUUUAAGUCUGACAACAUUUCUACAAUAUCCAUCCUAAAAGAUGUGCUUUCCAAAGAAGCUACUAAAAGGAAGAUUAAUCUCAACAUAUCAUAUGAUGUAAACGAAGAAUCUGUGAGGCAUACACUAAAGCUUAUCCACCCCAAAUUAGAGUAUCAGCAGCUGUUGGCCAAGAAGGUUCAUUUAAUAGAUGCUUUGAGAGAAUUACAAGUUCAUGAAGGAAAUGUGGACUUUCUGCUACCAAAAUACCGCAGCAUUUUGGAAGAGUCGGAUCAGCUGCUUGAUGAAUACAAGAAACAACCUGCACAUCUUGAAAGACUUUAUGGUAUGAUCACGGAUCUCUUCAUAGAUAAAUUUAAAUUUAAAGGUACCAAUGUGAAAACUAAAGUUCCUCUUCUUCUGGAAAUUCUGGAUGGCUGUGAUCAAGAUGGAUUAAUUGCUUUUUUUGAGGCUGCAACCUGA